GGUGCCAGCUCCACCGGCACAGUGUUCCGUGCAUCUGGGCAAGGCCUGCUCCUGUUUUCUGUGUUUACUCCUUUACUCUGCUCUUCACAUGUGGGUCUCAUCUGUCUGAACAUGGGGGCCCCUCAUGCCCCUGCACGGACAGUGCUCUUCCAGCAUGAGAGGACGGGCUUGACUUACCGUGUGCCUGCACUGCUUGUGGUGCCCCCUGGACCUACACUGCUGGCCUUUGUGGAGCAGCGGCUCAGUCCCAGUGACUCCCAUGCUCACCGCCUGGUGCUGAGGAGGGGCACACUGGCUGGUGGCUCUGUGCAGUGGGGUGCACUAUGUGUGCUGGGGACAGCGGCCCUGAAGGAUCAUCGAUCCAUGAACCCCUGCCCUGUGCUGGACGCAGGAACUGGCACCAUCUUCCUCUUCUUCAUUGCCGUGCUGGGCCACACACCUGAGGCUCUGCAGAUUGCCACAGGCAGGAAUGCGGCUCGCCUCUGCUGUGUGAGGAGCCACGACACUGGCCUCACCUGGGGAAGUGCCUGGGACCUCACUGAGGAGGCCAUCGGUGGUGCCAUGCAGGACUGGGCCACGUUUGCUGUGGGCCCAGGCCAUGGGGUCCAGCUGCCCUCGGGUCGCUUGCUGGUGCCCGCCUACACCUACCGCGUGGACCGCCGGGAGUGCUUUGGCAAGAUCUGCCGGACCAGCCCCCACUCCUUUGCCUUCUACAGUGAUGACCAUGGUGGCACCUGGCAUUGUGGGGGCCUUGUGCCCAAUCUGCAAUCAGGAGAGUGCCAGCUGGCUGCAGUGGACAGCGGGCAGGCUGGCAGCUUCCUCUACUGUAACGCCCGGAGCCCCCUGGGUAGCCGUGUGCAAGCACUCAGCAUGAAUGAGGGCACCUCCUUUCUGCCAGGGGAGCUUGUGCCUCCCUUGGUCGAGACCGCCCGGGGAUGCCAGGGCAGCAUUGUGGGCUUCCCAGCUCCACCUCCCAGCAGGCCUCGGUGGGAGGGACUGCCCAGGAGGCCCCCCCACUCUGUACACUUCUGUCCUGAGUUCCAGGAACCCUCAGAGGAGGGCUUUGGAGAUACCUAUGGAGGCCACAAACCCGGCAUGCUCUUCGGUCAUCUGCAGCCCCAGGGAGAUGACCCCAGGCAGCCCAACCCUGAGCUUGGAGUCAGUGGGAGUGGGGACAUGGGAUCCUGCACCUUGGUCCUCCCCAUGGCCCCUGCCACCCUAUCCCAGAGCCCUACAUGGCUGCUGUAUUCCCACCCCUCGGGGCACAGGGCUCGGCUUCACAUGGGUGUCCGCUUGAGCCGUUCCCCCCUGGACCCCAACAGUUGGACAGAGCCUUGGGUGAUCUACCAUGGUCCCAGUGGCUAUUCUGACCUGGCAUCCAUUGGGCCCGCCCCUGCUGGGGGACUGGCCUUUGCCUGCCUAUACGAGAGCGGGGUCAGGACCUCCUACGAAGAGGUCUCCUUUUGCAUGUUCUCCCUGCGCCAGGUGUUGGACAACGUGCCCACAGGCCCCCAGCCACCCCACUUUGAGGACAAAACUCACUGCCAGCCCUUCUGAAGGGCCCACUGGCUGCCCAGGCCCUGGGCUCCUGGGGAGGAGGGUGCGGAACAGUUUGGGUGGUGAGGCUGGAGGCCAACAGCCCAGGUAGGUGGAGCUCUGUGGGGUGCCCCUAGGUGUUGGGUAGUGUGUGUCUGGGGGAGGACCUGCUGAGUCACAGACCAGCUUGGUGUCACUGCUGCUCCUGGGAAAGGUGUGAAGCCACCUGCCAGGGGCACCCCUCCAGCUGGCUGUGGCUUGGGUUAGGUGACAGCGCCUCUGGCCACCUAGGCUACUUCCUGGUCUGCACUGGUUUCUCUAACCUGUGCUGGCUGGUGGAGGAAGAAAGGGAUGUGCUUGUGCCUUGCAGUUCUUUCCAUGUGCAGUGGUGCUCUGGCAUGCUUCUCUGAUCCCCUCUGGGGCAGACUCCAUUCCCAACUCAAUGGCCAGCAGGGAGGGAUGGUGGAAGAAGAGGUGGCACCUCUGUCUUCUGCCUUCUCUGUGACAGCCCAAAUCUAUCUGGGACUUGCAAAUAGGCACAGUCUGUCCAGUACCCAAACUGCUGAGGGCAGAGCUGGACAUCAGGAGGAUAUCACUUCCCUGGACUAGUCAAGUGUCUGCCUCACUCCCCAGAGGGCUCUGGCUCCACAGGAGGUGUUUUCCUAGGGAGGCCCCUUUUUAUUUCUCUUUUAGCUUUCAUUUCUGAAUAUAAAAAUGAUAUAUGGGCUGGGCACCUGUGGCUCAAGUGGCUAAGGCGCCAGCCACAUACACCUGAGCUGGCAGGUUCAAAUCCAGCCUGGGCCUACCAAACAGCAAUAACGGCUGCAACCAAAAAAUAGCCAGGUGUUGUGGCAGGAGACUGUAGUCCCAGCUACUUGGGAGGCGGAGGCAGGAGAAUUGCUUAAGCCCAGGAGUUGGAGGUUGCUGUGAGCUGUGAUGCCUUGGCAUUCUACCCAGGGCAAUAGCUUGAGGCUCUGUCUUAAAAAAAAGAAAAAAAGAUGUAUGCACUUUGUAGAAAAUUUGGAAAAUGUGGAAAGGACUUUCAUGGGGCCUCCUGCUAAUCCUGCUCAGGGCACCUGCUGGAGACCCACUGCUGGUCUCCUUGGUGCUAGGCAUCCAGUAGGCCUCUGAGAUAGCAGGGUUCCCAAGGGAGCAGAGAAGACCCCCUCACUGCUCCCAGUUUCCCCCAGCUGCCAUCUUGCUAGGAGAGGUCACAGAGGCUAUACAGGUGGGGUCAGGCUGGUGUAACUGCCUCCAUAAACAAGAAAAUAUAUAUAUAUUUUUGUUUUGUAGAGACAGUCUCACUUUAUGGCCCUCGGUAGAGUGCCAUGGCAUCACACAGCUCACAGCAACCUCCAACUCCUGGGCUUAAGCAAUUCUCUUGCCUCAGCCACCCAAGUAGCUGGGACUACAGGCACCUGCCACAACGCCCAGCUAUUUUUUGGUUGCAGUUCAGCCGGGGCCGGGUUUGAACCCGCCACCCUUGUUAUAUGGGGCCGGCGCCUUACCAACUGAGCCACAGGCACUGCCCAAGAAAAUAUUUUUAAUGUAUGUUUUUGUAGUUUUCUUAUAUUUCAAGUUCCUAGGCUAGUAAGACUUGCUGACCAAAAUUUUGUAACCUUCUGUUACAUUGAUGCAUUCCUUUUUUGAGUUUCUUUCCCAGGACUGGCAGAACCUCCUUGCAGCCAUGAGAUAACUACAGAGCUUUACACCACCUUUUUGCCCAGAAAAGAUAAGAAAAGUGACAUCCCAUGGGAGAUUGUGCCCAGGGACCCACUGAGCCUGGGCACAGGGAUGAAAGAAUGACCAGUAAUAACCCCUAGCUCAUUAUAGUACUAAAAUCCCCACCCACCUGGGAGGGACUUAUCCACUAUUUUUUGUUCUUGGGGUACACACUUAUGUACUAGUAUGAUUUCUUACUGCACUGUGUGCCCUGGAUGCCACCCCAAACAUGUAAUGAUGCUCACUCCCCUAUGCAUUAUGCUUUUCCCCCAAUAAAACCUUCCUGACCCUGUUGGUGUGGAGGUGGAGUUCAGGUGGCCUGUGCUCCCCUCCCAGCAGAUUCGUCUCCUGCCAA